GGCGGACACACGGCGCCUGAACUGUCCCCGCAAGAGACGGAGAGGAGCUGAGGAGGGUUUUUCUUUUCCGCCAUGAACACAGACAACAUUCCUGAAUGCCUUCCUGUGGAAGGAAGCACGACGAACACCUGCAGUGGGGGGGCAGAUCUGAAGCCAAAGGAGGAGGUGGAACAGAUGGAGCUCAAUGAGGUCCAGCUUAACAACUCAUUCAGUGUGACUGAAACGGAGUCUUGUGAAGAAACCACGCCUAUGAAGACCAAGCGAGAGGGAAGGAAAGACCGUGAGCCCUGCCCCCGGGAAGAGCAGGACGGCGAAAGCCGGAUAAAAGAGGAAGAAGAAGAUGUCAGCGAGGGCACGACGGAGGAGGGACCCAAUGGCGAGGGGCCGGAGGAAGCCGAGGAGGAUGAGGAGCGGGAGGGAGACGAAGAGGGAGAUGCUCUGAACGAACCGCAGGACCUGUCCCUGGUAGAUUAUGCGUGUUACGAGAGCGCCGCCCUGCCGGACGCCCAUGCAGCAGCCCCGGCGGGAAGCUACGUUUCUCCCCGAAGCCAGGCAGCCGGCAAGCUCAGCUGUGACAUCUGUGGCCUGUCUUGCGUCAGCAUCAACGUGCUGCUGGUGCACAAGCGCAGCCACACUGGAGAGCGGCCGUUCCAUUGCUCGCAGUGCGGGGCCUCCUUCACCCAGAAGGGAAAUCUGCUUCGCCACAUCAAACUGCACUCCGGGGAAAAGCCUUUCAAAUGCCCCAUGUGUAACUACGCCUGCCGACGCCGUGACGCCUUAAGCGGGCACCUGCGCACACACUCUGUGGAGAAGCCCCACAAGUGCAACCACUGCGGUCGCAGCUACAAACAGCGCAGCUCCCUCGAAGAGCACAGAGAGAGGUGUCAUGUGUACCUUCAGAGCAAAGGCCCUAUCGAGAGAGACAACAGCCACACAUCUAGGGCUCAGAUGGGCACAGAGCGAGCGUUGCUAUUGGACAGGCUGGCUAGCAACGUAGCCAAACGGAAGAGCUCUAUGCCGCAGAAGUUCACCGGCGACAACGGUGUCUGUCUGGACCUGAGCUUUAACAGGGAGCUGAUACACCCAACGGACGUUAUGGACCCCCCACUGAGUUCCCCAGGCCCCGACAUCCACCACCAACCUCAACAAGCCCUGACAGAUCCAGACCCUGAAUCAGCUCUACACAGGCACUACUCCAUUCCUUUGGCCCACAAUGACGUGAGUCCCUUGGGCCUCACCAACGGUCACAAGCUGGGCCUGCCAACACCAAGGCUCACCCACACAGCCCAGCCACCCCAGGGACACCCCAGCAUGGACUCCUUCCACACUGACCCUGCUCAGAUCCCCCAGCCUCUGACAUACAGCCUAGAGCGCUUGCUAGGGGCGGGCAAUCAUCACAAUGGCCUCCCCCACCCUCAUGCCCAGUCGAUCCCUGUGCCACCCCUGGAGGCUUUACGGGUGAUGAGAGCCAAUGGGGACUCGGGAGUGCUUUCCAGGGCGGUGUACCCCUGCGGGCACUGCAGGGUCAUUUUCCUGGACUAUGUCAUGUUUACCAUCCACAUGGGAUGCCACGGAUUCCGAGAUCCGUUAGAAUGCAACGUGUGUGGCCACCGCAGUAGGGACCGCUAUGAGUUCUCCUCACACAUAGCCCGCGGAGAGCACCGCCUCGAACCCAAGUAGCGCUUCAUGCCAGCACUCGCACAUACACACAGAAAGACACAUAUACACACAGGCCAUACCCACCUACACAAACAUAUCACACAAAGAAACACACACAUCGGGGCGUCCGGGUGGCGUGGCGGUCUAUUCCGUUGCCUACCAACAAGGGGAUCUCCGGUUCGAAUCCCCUUGUUACCUCCGGCUUGGUCAGGCGUCCUCACAGACACAGCUGGCUCUGUCUGCGGGUGGGAAGUCGGAUGCGGGUAUGUGUCCUGGUCGCCGCAUCAGCGCCUCCUCCGCUCAGUUCCGUGAUCCUCCCACACGCUACAUCCCUGUGGCGAGACUCCUCACUGUCAGGUGAAAAGAAGCGGCCGGCGACUCCUCAUGUACGGGAGGAGGCCUGUGGUGGUCUGCAGCCUUCUGCGGAUCGGCAGUGGGGGUGGAGCGGCCACCGGGACAGUUUGGAAGAGUGGGGCUGAGUACAACUGGGGAGAAAAGAAAUAAAAAUUGGGAAAAAGAACACACAUUGAUUCAGCCGGUUAGUAUCAAAAUGUAUAAAUAAAGCACAAAGUAGUAUUGUCUUUUCUGUGACUGUGUGUGUAUGUGUGUGUGUGUGUGUGUGUGCGUGCAUGUAUUUGCGCUGUAAAUAUUUUUAUAUAUAGGGACAAUUUUGCAUCAUUUUCAUACUUAAAUUUCUACUUUUGACGACUGCAAAUAACCACGUAGCUGCUGUUUAUAUCGCACCGAGCUCGAGCUGCAUUUACAUGUGCCGGAAAGGAGGAGGUGUCUAAACGUUCUCUCUACUUUCUGUUUCCUUGCCAUCGGCACGGCACGGACGUGUGAAACGAAAAGAAAAACCAAAGGGUUUUUUCUUCUUUUUCUUUUCCUGAUCCUGUCCAGUCUAUAUAUGAUGGAUGCUGGGCGAGGGGUCUAGCUGUACUGUAAGGCUUCCCAGCUCAUGACUGCAGAAUAAAAAGCUUA